CACAGUGUCCAGCGCGAGGGAAAAAAAAAACAAUUGCCUGUUGGACUCAGUCUUACCCGGCAUAAAUGGCACGCGCGCCCAAGAAAAGAAAAGCAUCCGGCGAGAUCAGCACAAAACACUCGGACGGCGGACACAGACGCCGCGCGCGCACGCAUCUCUCCUCUCUCUUCCCGGCGGAACAAUUCGCCACGGCCAUGCCGCACCACCGCCAUCAGGGCGGCGCGGCACCCGCGGACGAGGCCCCGUCGCCGCGGCCCUCGGCCGCCGGCUGCUACGCGUUCCUGACCCGCUCCCACCGGGCGGCGGGGGGCUACCGCCGGCUCGACUCCGCGUCCGCGCGGGCGCUCGGCGACGAGGCUGCUGCUGCCGCCGCCACGGCGGCGGUGAGGGUGGAGGUCGGGAUGACGAGGGAGCGGGCGAAGAGCGUGUUCCACGUCGACCCUGCCGUGCUGGAGGCCGGAUCGGUGCGCCGGCUACUGGCGGCCGCGGGGAGGCGUUCCCCCGGCGGCGGGGUCGCGGUGGCUGUCGACGCCCUGCUGUUCGAGCACCUGCUCUGGCUGGCGACCAUGGCCGGCGCCGGCAGCGGCGAGGCGGUGGGCGGUGAAGACCAUGACCUGUCGGAGAUCGUGGAAUUCUACUCGCAGGAUGACGACGACGACGAUGGCGACGACCACCACCACAUACGGGUCCUGAAUUUCGAUGCUUAAGUUGGUCAAUAAUUUCUCCGCGUCACUUAGCUGUUGUCCCUCAUGCGUAUAAAACUCUCUGUAUACAGCACAAUAUAUAUAAAUACUGCUCUUAGCUAUAAGGGAAUAAGGUGCUAUGGACUAUGGUUGUCUGUAAUUUAUGAACUAAUGCUUCAAGUGAAUAUAGCUACUAAUGCUACAUUGAACACA